CAGGCUGUUUGGCUGUAACUUACGGAGAUAGACCACAUGUGUGCAGCCCUCGCGUUCAGAUCAAACGGAACCCCUCUCCCUUCGUCAGUAAUCAAGGAGGUACUCGAACACAUUAAACAUAUUAAUCCUAAUACCCCCACGAUCACGACUAAACAUCUGGCGGAGGUUGUGUACUUUACCAUUCAAGAGGAGGAAUAUGUGUGGUGGUUGCGGGAAGGAAGUGGCGGGCUGGUGGGCGCUGGUAGUGUUGCUGCUGACUAGGGUGACCACGGCGGCGGCGACGACGGAGGACAAGACGGGGGUGGUUAGGUUCUCGCCGGCGGAUUUGCUGAAGGUGGUGGAUGGCACCAACCACCUGGUUACUUGGUUCACUAACGUUACAGUCACCGUGGAUCGUGUGGCAGCCUACGUGGUGGACCAGUUUGUGUCAGAGGUGAGGGGAAUCGGGGAGCCCAUGCAAUGUACUCCAGAGAACGACAACCUGGUGGCCUGUAGCAACGUGACCUACUACGGCGAGGUGAACAUUACCGCGCUCUACCUGGGUUUCAGUAACCUACACGUGGUACUUUAUGACGAGAACAAUCAGACGGUAGCAGAAGGGGUGAUGGAGAUGGCAGUGGUGUUGAGAGACCAGAACAUAACUCUCAUCUAUACGUACAUCUCCUCAGCAUUGGCUAUCAUUGCCUACUUCAUCAUGGGAGCCUCUGUCGACUUCAAGAUUAUCAAAGGCAUUACCAAGAAGCCAGUCGGUCCAGCCAUAGGAGCCAUUUCCCAGUUUGUUAUCAUGCCUAUGAUCUCCUUCGGGCUGGGUGUCCUACUCUUUCCAAACGAACCCUACCUGCGUCUCGGACUGUUCCUGAGCGGCAGUUGUCCAGGGGGCGGCUCCUCUAACAUGUGGACAUACUUGUUGGGUGGAUCCCUCGAUCUCUCAAUCUCUAUGACAACCAUCUCUACCAUCUUCUCCUUCGGCACCGUACCUCUAUGGGUGCUCCUGCUGGGUCCAGUAAUAAUGAAAGGUGUGGACUUUGUUAUACCUUACUCGGACAUAGCCAUUACCAGCGCCACUCUCAUCUUACCCUGUCUGAUUGGUAUGGUUGUCCAGUACUUCAUACCAAGGAUCAACGUGUACGCCAAGAAGGUGUUGACAGGGUUUGCACUGUUCAACUUGGCAUUGCUAUUCUCAUUCGGUACUUAUGCCUAUAGGUACAUCUUCUAUUUCUUCAACUGGCAGGUGGUAGGGGCGGGACUAUUGCUCCCGACACUGGGCUUCACUGGUGGUCUGAUCUUUGCUUUGAUACUCCGUCAGCCCGUCGCCAGUGCCAUAGCUAUCAGUGUGGAGACGGGCGUGCAGAAUGUUGUCAUUGCCAUCAUUAUCUUACAGCUCACGCUCUCCUCUCCUAACGGGGAGCUAUCUGCUAUCAUCCCGGCCUCCUGCACACUGUUCUUCCCGCUCCCUCUUGCCCUCUGGCUUCUCACCAAAACGAUUUACGACAGGGUCAAGCGAAGCCGCAACCCUGACCUUCCAUCCUCCUCUGGGACCGACCUCAAGGAGCUUCCCAACGGCGUCAAAGACAUUGAAAAAAACGGGAAAAUGGAGAAGAGCACCACCAAGGUCCCCGUGAGUACUGGUGGAGGCGUCGACAACCUGGCAGCGGACCUGAAGGAUGAAGUAUAAUGAUGACUGGUACUCGUCCCCCCUCACAGCUCACUUCCACACACUACAUCAGUUAUCUCCAAAAUAGUUCCUCAUAAUUAUCUCCAAAGACGACAGAAGUUUUACCUCCUUAUGUUACAACUUUAAUUAGAUUCACUGUUGGGCGAGAGAAAGUUCACUAAUACUUGUUGUAGUUGUUUAUUAUACAACUCUCUCAUGGAGGCUAUCCUCACAUGUAGUGUACUUCAUCUCUCGCACGGAUUCAUCUGUUCAUCAUGUGUAGAUUUGCAUUUUUUUUCGGGAUCACCUGAACAUUACAAUUAUACACCAGUUUAUUUUACCUAGUUGAAUAUCCUAACGUAACGUAACGUAACUUCCCCAGCGAGACGAUGAGAUUGGUUCAUCUGAGGAGAUAGCUGUUGUGUCUAAUAUGAAGAUGAUCCACUUUCAUCAAGUUACGUGCUCUGAAGUCUUUAACCUCUUUUUCAUACGUCAAAAUAACAAAAGUAUUUAUAAUUUUAUCUUUAUUUACGUCAGUGAUAUACUCAGCCUUAGGGGCCAUUAAGUUUAUUUUAAUAUUAUAUAACGCUCUCUACAUAAUGACACACACACAUAUAUUUAAUAAUUCUUAUAUUGUAUACAUAUAAAAUAAUCUAACUAUACAGAAAUGAAAGUCUGUUAUAUCGAGGGUCCGUUAGAUAUAAAAAUAAAACAUCUAACGGAUUAUAUGAAGAUAAAAAUCCGUUGUAUGGAGGUUUUUCACUAUUCUGAAGACUUUACGAGGAGGACUCUCUCACACAAGUAUUUUUGACGACCGCAACACCAACGCUCCCUCACUUAAGCCAGCAAGGUCCUCUACCCCUCAUGUGACCUCUGUUAUCGUCUCCUUGAUUCUCAUAUUGUCCGAAUUACAUUAUUACACUAUUUAAGUAUUUUAAGAGGAUUCUAAUUAUAUUAAAUGCAAGUCAGUCUCCUGUUAUAGGUUAAAUGUAGACUCCGAUCUUCUAUUGUGUGCAAGAUGUAGGAUCUAACCUCCUAUGGAGUGCAAGCUCUAGGAUCUGAUCUAUGGAAUGCAAGUUGUAGAAUCAGAUCUCCUAUUGCGUAUAAGAUGUAAAAUAUAGCAUCAUUUGUGCAUGUGAAGUGCCUUUUUUCCUCUCCCACCACAAACCUCAAGUGCCAAAUACACAAUAGUUAGAUAAUUUCUUUUCUUGGCACAAUAUUACUGUAUAAACGAACACUUACUUACAGCCUCUAAGAACACACACACACGCAAGUUGGGGUUUGUGGCAAUAAACAAGAAGAUUUA